AUGUCUACCCCCGACGCCUCCUUGUCUGCUUCGCGCCUUUCUCGCACACCCACUUUGGUGGAACCUAAUGAAGACAGACACGAGCGGGAUGCGGAUACGGUCACCCUCACACCUCCACUGGAAGAAGCGCCCGCGAUCGUCUCUGAAAGCGCAGAGCUAGAGCAGCACUAUGGUGUGAAGAAGGAUGCUGGAUUCUGGAUGAUCAUCCUCUCUCUUUGCGUGACGUCCUGGUUAGCUGCUAUCGACCUAACGUCCGUCUCCACCGCCCUUCCCACGAUAGUCGACGACCUUCACGGCGGUUCCGACUUUGUUUGGGUCGGAUCUGCCUUCACGCUAGCCUCCACAGCCAUUCUCCCCCUAUCGGGCAAUAUCGCCACCAUAUUCGGGCGCCAAUUCUCCGUUCUCUCCUUCAUCUUCCUCUUCGCGGUUGGGAGCGCGAUCACCGGCUCAGCCCAAAACAUGCCCGCGAUGAUCGCUGGCCGGACGAUCCAAGGUCUAGGCGGAGGCGGCAUCCUCUCCCUGGCAGAGAUCAUCGUUGCCGACCUUGUACCUCUGCGCGAGCGAGGGAUGUAUCAAGGCAUCCUCGGCUCGGUAUGGGCUUUCGCGAGUGCCAUCGGCCCACCUAUUGGAGGUGGUCUUGCCCAGGCUGGGCAAUGGAGGUGGCUGUUCUACCUGAACCUCCCGCUCUGCGCGAUCGCCUUUGGCUUGACAUUCGCUUUUUUGAAGCUCAAGAGGCCGCCUGGUUCCAUGAGGGAAAAACUGGCAAGAAUCGAUUGGAUUGGUAAUAUCAUGAUCAUUAUUGCCUCCACCCUUGCCAUUGUCGCCCUAGUGGAAGGCGGCAUCACCCACCCAUGGAAUUCCUACCAGAUCCUAGUACCUCUCAUCGUAGGUAUUGUCGGCAUCGGCAUCUUCCUCGUGUACGAAAGCUACUGGGUGAUCGGGGAACCGAUGGUACCGUUUGACAUCUUCUCCAACCGCACGUCUCUCAGCGGUUAUGCUGGCAACUUCAUGCACGGCGUCACUUCGAUCAUCCUCAUAUACUACCUGCCAGUUUACUUCCAGAGCACGAUGCUCGCCUCUCCAGUCCGAAGCAGCAUCCAGCUUUUCCCUUCGGCAUUCAUCAUUGCACCUGUGGCUAUUAUCGUAGGCAUCUCCGUCGCUGCGACAGAUCACUACGUCACACAAAACGUUGUCGCAUGGAUGCUCUGUAUGAUCGGAUACGGGCUCAUAACCACUCUCACGAAGGACAGCUCAACCGGCACCUGGGUCGGAUAUCAGAUUGUCGCCGCCACAGGCGUCGGCAUCCUCUUCCCUGCGACAACCUUCCCCGUGCUCGCUCCGCUGCCGAUAACGAAGACCGCGCAUGCACUUGCGUUCUAUACUUUCCUGCGGACCUUUGGUCAGACGUUCGGUGUCACGAUCGGCGCCACGGUCUUGCAGAACGAGCUCAGCCGGAAACUUCCUUCUGCAUUCUCAGCCCUCUUUCCGGCGGGAGUGAACAUCGCCUACGCUGCUAUUCCUCAGAUCCCAACUCUUCCCCAACCAUUACAGGAUCAAGUACGCGUAGCGUUCGCCACUAGUCUAUCGACGAUGUGGAAGGUCACCCUAGGCCUGGCCGGUGCUGGCUUGGCGACGACAUUCUUCAUGAAGCAGAUUCAUCUGCAUGUGGAGACUGACGAUCAAUGGGGCAGAGACGGCAAGCAAGAGACUGGAGAUGCGGAGAAGGCGUUAACACUGAAGACGCAGGCCUCUGCAUGA